AUGCUGAUACUUUUUCACCUGCAGGCGCUCGCGUCCGAGACCCUGCAGGGGGCCCUCAGCGUGAUCUCGGCCCAGCACGUGUGGGGCCUGUCCGGGACCCUGCCGUGCGGCACGGCGGGGGACGUGGCGCGCCUGGCGGCCCUGUUCGGGGUCUCGAUACCCGUCGACGAGGUGAACGCCGGGCGGUUCAUGGAUUGUUACGUGCGCAAGAACGACGCGCCAUGUACCGCUGACAUCCCCAUGGAUGAGCACUGCAAUGUGAUCCGCCCGGCGCCUCUGGAGCGCGCCAUCUACCUCGCGUGCCAACACGACUUUGACAGGCCCGUGCAGGGGCCCGAGGCGCACGCAGGCUACGUGCCAGCGUUCCUGAGCACCUGGCGCGGGCUCCAGGAGCACGGGCGCGAGGCCGCCCUGGUGAAGCUCUGCUGCCACCACCAGAUCACCUCCACGGACGCGGAGCUCUUGUCCACCCCCGCGCAGUCGGUGGCGCGGCUGCGCGUCUGGAAGCGGCACCACUGCGAGGAGGCGCGCCGCCUCGUCCGGCAGCACGCCGCCCUCGCCGAGUGGAUGCGCCGCGGCGCGGGGUCGCCAGGCGGCGAGCCCGUGCCGGCGUGGCCAGAAACGCAGGGUGGCGCCUCCGAGCAGGAGGCCUGGGCCCACGCCGCCGCCGAGGUGGACUGGGCCAGCAGUUUGGACAGCGAUGAGCUGCUGGCCGCCUGCAGACAGGACCUGGAGGCGAUGCCCUUCGCGCUGUGUGACUGCCCUGCGGAGGCGGAGGCCCGCUGGCUGUACUGGUGUGAGGAGACGGGUCUGCGCCCGGGUACCCGGGGCGCCAUCAGCAGACUGAGAAAGAUCAUGUACAACGAGCUGUGGGGCAGGCUGGUGGACGGCCUCGAGGGCUGGGAGGCGCUCGCGAAGAUGGGAGGCCGCCCUUGGAGGGCGGACUACGCCGCCGCACAGCGGAGCAGACUACUCGAGGCCGUGGCCGACCUCGCCUCCUCGCUGCAGUCGGCGCGCUUCCUGGAGGGUGCAGCCCGCGAGGCGCUGACGCUGAAGGAGCUGGAGUGCGGCAUCUGCCUGCAGCCGAUGAAGGCGCCACGGAUGACGCCCUGCGCCCACACGUUCUGCAAGGCUUGCAUCGAGCGCAGCAUCGGAUCCAAGGCCGAGUGCCCGCACUGCCGCGCGCCCGUGUGCGGGCCCACCGACCUGAGUGCGUUCGACUCGUUUGACGACAUCGUGCCGUUUGACGCACCCGCUCGGGGCAGCGCAGCGGAGGCCUGCGGUGGAGGCUGCGGCAGCGCCGGCGGCAGCGGCAGCGGCGGCUGCGCUGCUGCCGCGCCCUGGCCGGGCUACGCGCGCAAUCCUCGGAACCCUGGGGCCAAGGCAUCGAACAACUGCUGGCCACUCAUGACGCAGGCGGGGGCGAGCUCCACGAAGGCCGUCCUGAAGCUCUCGCCGUACUUGAACCGCUGCACCUGCUUCCGCGACCCACCAUAUGGAGCACCGCUGGCAGAGCCUGGCGGCGAUGGAACACUCGCGGACAGGCACGCGCCACCCGCCGACAACACGAAGAGGCGGAUGCCAGGGCCUAUACUCCGCCCCUCGGUGCAGUUCCUGGCCCUGAGGGCGAGGGGCACCGGGGAUCCGGAGCGAAGCGAGUGUCUCGCGUCCUGGGGUGACGAGGUGGCCAGCGGCAGUGACGCUGGUGAGAGGGGGCUCGCGUCUUUUGGUGAGCCCGAGGUCGCCGAAUUGUCGGGUUGGGCCUCUGAUGGGCCCAGCAACGACGGGGAGCCACUGCACGACGGAGACUCGCAUCACGAAGUCGUAGCAGCUGGGCCUGCCCUCGCACGUGCAUCGCCUGACAUUCGCGGCCACGGAUUGGACAUGAACCUUAGAUUCAGUGCCUUGUGGCACCGCGUGCGCAGGCGGCUCGCGACGUGCCUCGAUCACCGCCCUGCCGUGCCAGAGCUUGUAGCUCUGGAGGACCUGGGUGUCCGCGACGAGGGCGCCGAGGGCGAGGACGACCUCGCUGAGGCGGUCGUCGCUGUCGAGCCUGGUGUGCCACCGCCAGAGCCCGAGUGCCACGCCUUGGCGGGGUCCCUCGAGAUGAUGGCUGCCAUCGUUCAGGACGUUCUGUCGGCAUUUCGGCGUCGGCAACGGUGCGUCUGCACAGACGCCGACGCUGCCGUCGACAGGGCAGAGCGCGCAGUGGCGGCCAAUGACAGAAGAUGGGUGGUUCUCAAGACCAAGUGCGAAGUCCAUCGCGUGUACCACUGGCAUGAGGAUGUGUUUGACCAGAUAGGCCACGUGGUGAAUCGCAUGCGACACAUCGCAAAUGCUUUGAACGGUGGUGAUGCCAUGAGGUCGUUCCGCAAGGUUCUGCGACGCACCAUCGACGGCAUGCUGCACUACGUGCCCAACCCUUGGCCGUUGAAGCGGUGGGUUGGCGCAGACGAGUCGGUGUCGUGGCUGGGGCUCAUGGAGAGUGUUCGCGGCUUGCUCGCCACUGCGUUUCUUCAGUGGUCUGGUGCUGCUCCAUCUCCUUCGUCGGCUGGUCAUCCCAAGUUUCGUGGCGACGAGUCGGACGACGAUGCCGUUCCUGCCGCCUGUGGCGGCGGCGGUGACGGGAGCGAUGGCCAGCCCGACCUUGGCGCAGCUGCAGGCGCCGACCCGAGUGAUGCCAAGAGGAAGGAUCAGUCGAAGCACCGCUAUCUCGGCGGCAAGUGGUUGCGGGAUAAUGAUGGCUACGCCCUCGGUACUUUCAUCAUGAUAUCGAAGGUGAUUGCGCCUCUGACGAAUAUCAUGGAUAACUACUUGCGCGCUGGUUCGGAACUUCAUGACAAGGUCGAGGAGCGGAGAAAGCUUUUCGGCGUUCCUGGAGUUGACUCGGCUGACGGGCGUCACGCACUGCUGGCGGCGGAGAACCAGUUCGAGCGGCAGUGCUUCGAUGAGAUCGCAGACUUGAUGGUGAACCCUGCCCAGUGGCAUAUCAUGCCAGUAGCGUCGGACUGCAAGCGCAUGAUGGGCCCCUGGAGCGCAGCGAUCGUGGAUGCGUAUUCGGAGUCAGAGCUUGGGCUGCUGACCCCAGCUUGCUUGGCCGAGAUUUCCGCCAGCGCGGAGCUGCUGCAGAGGGAGACGAUUCGCGUCGAGGCCAAGCAUGCUGCGAUCCGGAGAGUUUUGCAGCAACAUUCUGUUCAGACUCACGCUGUUUUGUUCGCUCACAUGUCGGCGAGGAGGACUUGCAAGGAGUUCCGGCAGUUGUUUGCAGAGUGCAAGCGGCAACGCCGAGACUGCGGAGACACAUCCAGCACAGUUCCUGCUCGAUCGUCGGACGAGCAGGUGAAGCCGACCAAGAAGCGCCGCGCUUGCUAUGGCGGAGCUUGGAGGUUAUUCAUUCGGGAGCAGACGGUUGGCACCCGCGAGUUCGGGAAUAUUGCGCAAUUGUCUGAGCAGUGCCGCGCGCUUGGCGACGAGGAACGGCGUCGUCUCACUGAGCUUGGCAGGGGAGGAACUGCCCGUCGAGCGGCUGGGCACAGCUCCACCUUCGGUGAGAAACCUCGGGACGAGCGGCGGAAGCAAGAGAAGAGGGAUCGAGACCUUGCAGUACAGAGGCUGGCGCAUGCAAAGCGUCACGUUGGUAGCGUACCUGACGUUGUCGGUUCAGAGCUCGUUGCUUUCACUCACGUGCCGCCCCGUCUUGAUGGCGGCCCUCAUGAGCUACCAAAUCAGCGGUCUUUGGACUACUUGAUUCAGUUGAGGUCAAACUUGAGGCUGGCAUCGGAUGCUCGGAGACUCGCAGAUCGCAGAGACGACGAAGACCGAGUGGCACGCAUCAGGAGUGGCGCUGAUACGGUCAAGCAUUUGUCUCUGCUUGCGCCCGAGAUCGGCUUGCGCGCCGCUGAUUUUGCGUCCGUUUCUCAUGCAGAUGCUGCGGUUGGCAUCCUUCGCUGGAGUUCGGGGGAUCUGUCGCUGAGGGCGAUCGAUUUCAAGAGCAUCCCGAUCUUCGCAGAGGCUGGCCGUGGCACCUUGACCGGCUGCGCGGAGGCAGGCAUGUGCUUGUGCGGCGUGCAUGGUAAGGUCAUGAAGUCUUUCCAGUCGAAGUUUGAGCACCCCAUCAAGCGACAAUGCCCUCCUACGUCAACUUUGCGCGAGAAGCUCGUCAACGCCGAAGUUGUCAUCUUGCUGAUCGGGCAAUCCAAGCCAAAGGAGUAUGACAGGAGCCAGGCAUGGGACGACAGCUUAGUCCCAGAUGCACCAAUCCAGUCAGUUCGCUUCCUACACGUCGGCCAUCAUUCGCUGAACCCUUGGAGAUCAAUGUUCCAUGAGCUGAUCGGUCCUGUUAUCGUGGGUGCAUCUGUGCCGUUGCCUCCCCUCGUCAGCUUGCAAGGUACCCGCAACUUCCUUACGGGAUGGGAGCUGGUAUAUUCAGUUGGCUUUGAUUUGGGGUGGGUCUGUGCAUUGUAUUCGGCAGUCUUUUCGGCGUCUGGGACGGGCGAGUUCUUGCCUGACGGCUUAUCUUGUCAAUUUGUCGAGGGGUCUAUUCGGCUGGUGUGGAACCCCUGGUGCCCGAAGCCUCGCAAGCGUGCUGGUCGGAUGCCGAGUGGCAUGCUAGCCAGCUGGGCUGAUGAUGCAGAUGUCUCGGAGCACGAGCCUGAGGUCGAGGGCCAGCUUGCCAUCCAUGACGGGGACGGUGUCGAGGGCUCGUUCGAAGAUGCUGACCCAGGCGAUCUGUUUGCAUAUUGUGACGUGGAUGAUUCUGGGUUGGGCAACGGUGUGCCGCCUGAAUGCGGUGGUCUAGAUGUCCCUGUUGACUUUCCGUCAGAGGUGCUGGAGUACGAGCCUGGUGGGGACAGCGAUGCCAGCUCUGUCGGCGACAUAAUCGAUGCACUUGUCGUCGCAGAUGCGCUCCAGCUUGAGGGGCCUGGGCUCGACCAUGAUCGAGAUGCGGCUCUACCUGCCAGAGCUGUGCUUCGGCCUGGGGCAGCAUCGAGCUCAGGCGCGCCAGCUGCCGUGCCAGAGGGCCCGCCUCCCCCGCCACCGCUUCCAGUUGAGCUGCCAGGGCCGAGGUCCAUCAUUGUCGACAUUGGUUCUGGCACGCUGACUUGGUAUCGAUCGAGCCACGACUUUGUCGCUAACUGCCGCGCCGCUGGGCACGGCAAGUCAGGUCAGUGCAAGAGGCGCAAGACGUCGUAUGCUAAUGCUUAUCUGGACAGUCGCUCGCGCAAGGCGGAUUUCGUUGUCUCGUGGCAGCAGAGGAACGACGCCAGGGAGCUGAAGACAGAGAAACUGAAACACAAGAGCCCCCGCUCCAGGGUCAAGAGCCUCCGCACUUUUCCGAACAACCUUAAGACCUGGGCGGGGACCGCAGAGUCUGACGACAACACAAGGGCCGUCAACGGGCCGGUGGCGCUCCAGGAGGCCGUCGCCGCGCAUGAGGCCGAAAACGAGGAGCCAGAGUGA